CGGCAAUUGAGUGGGACGAGAGGAAAACCACAGCAUGCCCUUUUGGGAAUAUGCCUAGGUACUCAGUUCCUAGGGCGGCUGCACUUUGGCCAGUGCAAAGAUCGCUCGAGUGGGAUUGAUAUGUUCAUGUUUUCCUCCCUACAUGAUUUAUCUUCAAAUUCUCUUAGUUAUCACUUGUCCCUUCUUCACACUAUCCAAUCCCAAGACCAAAAUCGCCCACCCACAUACAGCUAACGACAGGCAACACCACACACCAUGUCCCUCCCACCACCCCCGCAAGUCCCCAACGUCCACCUCUCCUUCCCCUCCCCGCACGUCCUGCUCGUCACCCUCUCUCGCCCGGCCGCCCUCAACGCCAUCCCCUCGGUACAGCACGCAGCCAUGGCGUCGCUCUGGGCAUGGUACGACGCGCAGCCGCCGCUGCGGUGCGCCGUGCUGACGGGCGGCACGGGGCGCGCCUUUUGCGCCGGCGCCGACCUGCGCGAGUGGGACGCCAACAACAACAACAACAACAACAACAACAACAACAACAACAACAACAACAACAACAACAACAACAACGACGACGACGACUCCCCCACCCAAAUGGCAGCAGGGGGAGAGGCGGCGCGGUACAGGGAGCGGUGGUCACAAGAAGGGUUCGGGGGUCUGUCGAACCGCGCCGGCAAGAAGCCCGUUAUCGCGGCCGUCAACGGGCUGUGCUUUGGCGGCGGGAUGGAGAUGGUGGUGAAUUGUGACCUGGUCGUGGCCGACGGCAAGAGGGCGCGGUUCGGCCUGCCCGAGGUCACCAAGGGGGUCAUUGCUGUCGCGGGGGCGCUGCCGAGGCUGGUGCGCACCGUCGGCAAGCAGCGGGCCGCCGAGAUGGUGCUCUUGGGCAGGACGGGGUACACGGCGGAGCAGAUGCGGGAGUGGGGGGUUGUGAACUUUGUUGUGGGCGAGGGAAAGGCUGUGGAGGAGGCGGUGAGGUUAGCCGAGGAAAUCGCGGGGAACUCGCCGGAUGCGGUGAUUGCGUCGCGGGAGGGAUUGAGAUUGGGGUGGGAGGGGAUUGGGCCGCAGAUGGGCACUGAGGUGCUGGAGAAGGGCGUGUAUGGGAGGAUUGAUGGGGGAGAGAAUAUGAAGGAGGGAGUGAGCAGCUUUGUCGAGAAGAGGAAGCCGAUUUGGAAGGAUAGCAAGCUGUGAGCUGUUUGAGGGGCUUCCAUACAUUCCAUUUUUCUUACUACAUUUAGCUUUCCCUGCAGGAAGUGAUACAUAUGAACGAGUGUCAAGUUCGUC